GGGUCUUAUUAUCAUUAUAAAACAAUCUCCAUCAAACUGAUGUAUAACAAAGAAAGCCAGUGUUUGCAGUUUGUUGUAUUCCUAACCUAAGACUUUGCGACUGCACUGGAACUGGAUAAAUUGGAAUGAAUCAGACUCUAAAACAUAAUUCAGCAUAAACAAAGGCAGCAUAUAUAUUUUGUCCGACUGAGAAUUCAGAAUGGGAAUAUUAUAUGAAAUCAUCGUUCUUCUAUGUUUCUCUGCCAUUCUUCACUUGGGAUAUAGUCAGUCUGAUUCAUGCAAUGAUAAAAUAUGUCCUCAACCUCUGGACUGCCGAUAUCCCAAAGUUGUUGUGGAAUUGCCAGAUCCCUAUGACAAGUGUUGCAAUAUAACAGAAUGCAUUUGUGAAGGCACAGCGUCACGUCUGAGUUCAUCUCACGAUUCCGAUGUGCAGUAUGAUGCACUUCUUAGGUACACAAAUUGUACAAUGAUUGAUGGGAAUUUGGAAAUUGUAUAUAUUCAUCCAAAACCCAAGAUCAACUUGUGGACUUUAGAAGCAACAAAACACAUUCAUACAGUCACUGGAUAUGUUUUAAUAUCAACAACCUAUAUUCAUUACAUUGAUCUUUCAUCAUUGCGACUAAUACGUGGCCGUACAUUGUAUCAUGCUGACAGAACACAAAAUCAGGCCUGCGGGCAGGCAAGAGACGAUAAAGAAAUUGGAUAUUCUCUUUAUAUUUAUGGGAAUUACGUUCUUAAUGAUCCAAUAAUGGGACUUCGUGGAAUAUUAAUGCCGCAUUUGACAGAAAUAAUGAAUGGAAAUGUCAAGAUUGAUGGAAAUAGAGAUUUAUGUUAUGUCGAUUCUAUUAUAUGGACUGAUGAAAUACUUAACAAACCUGAACAGAAAGCCUACGUGAAUGUCAGCAAAACUGCAAUAUGCAAAUGUCCAAGUUCUUGUAUUCAUAAAGAUGUUGAUGAUAAAGCACAUUGCUGGGGAAACAGCACAGACUUGUGCCAACAAUUCACACGCAGGCCAUGUAGAGAUAAGUGCACUGGAAGAUGUAAUCAAAAUGGUGGUUGUUGUGAAAGUUAUUGUGCAGCGGGAUGCUUGCGAAUAUUGUAUCGGAAUUUGAUAAAUCAAAAAUUCGAUACGAGUUUCGUUUGGUACUGUGUACCUCAAUGUCCAAGUACAAGGAGGAUAUAUGAACCAGAUCGAAGAUGUGUUUUAACAUGUCCUGAGAAAUAUUAUGCUGAUAAAGGUUAUUGCAAGGAAUGUCCCCCUGGGGGCUGCACAAACAUUUGUUAUGGGUUGGAAGCAAAAAUUGGACCAUUGAUGUAUGAUGAUGUAAUACAUUCAGGAAAUAUUGGAAAUUUUAGCAAAAAUUGCACAAUUAUAGAAGGCUCACUUAAUUUUAGAGAAAAUACUUUCAGAGGUGACUCCCAUUGUAAAAUUCCUGCAAUAUCUGACAAAUCUGCUUUUGAUGUUUUUGAAAAUGUGGAAGAAAUUACUGGAUUUCUGGGAAUUGAAUCCUGGCCAUAUGAAGAUCUCUGUAUAUUCAAAAAUUUGAAGAGAAUCAGAGGUUAUGAAAAAAGAAUGGAUGCUUAUAGUUUGCUCAUAAUGACAGAUGCCAGAAGUUUGCGAAGUCUUUGCCUUAAUUCUCUUCAAGAAAUUGAGUCAGGGGCUGUCAGUAUUACUAAAAACCCUCGCCUUUGUCAUGCUGACACAAUCGUAUGGGAUAAAUUGCGACAACGCAAUGACAGUACAAUAGAUAUACUCUAUGAAAACAGUGACUCUUGUCGUCGAGUUAUCGUCUAUAAUAAUCCAUCACUGUGCAACACUGAUUCUGUGCUUUGGGAAACAGUUUUCAAAAACCCUGGACAAUCCGCUUUCGUCACAAGUAAUGCAAAAAAGCGCAAGUGUUUACCUUGUAGCAAAACAUGUGAUUCGAGUAAUGGUUGUUGGGGAUCAGGCACUACGCAAUGUGUCACUUGUCGAUGGUUCACUGACUACACAAAUGAAUUCGGACGAUUUACUGAAAAGUGGGUCGUAGAUCCCGAGUCAAAACUGUUGGUUCCUGGUCACAAUGUUACAAACUGUGUCAAAGAAUGUAACUUCACAAAGGGUGUAUACAACACUAUUGACAAGAAAUGUUUUCCUUGUGAUGUUGAAUGCAAUGCAACAUGUACUGGACCUGGACCUACAAACUGUUCACCUAAGGGGUCACCUCUUAGUUGUAAAAAUGUUCAUUACAAUGGAACUUGUAUUAAAAAAUGUCCAGUAACUCAUUACCCAAGUCAAACAAAUGAAUGUAUGCCAUGCAGCCCACACUGUAUAGAUGGAGGGUGCGAUGGUCCUGAAGACAGUUAUGGAAAAGAUGGAUGUUCAUUCUGUCAUCGAAAAUAUGAUCCAGAAACAAAGCUAAUGAUAUACCAAGAUGCAACUUGUCAGAUGUGUUUGGAUCAUUUAGAAGUUGAAGAUUGCCCAUUGGGCUGUACAUAUGACAAUGUAACAGAUGCAUAUGCUUGCUACUCAGUACCCUCAUCGGCAUAUAUUGCAUGGAUCAUAGUUAUUGGUGUGCUUCUGAUAAUUGGUGCUGUAGUUGGCAUUACAUUAUUCAGGUGUCGGAAAACUAUUCGAACAAUGAGAAAACAUAUCGGAGAAAAAAUAGUUGGAGAUAGUGCCCAAGUUGAUGAGUUCAACACUCCACUGACACCUAGUGGAACUGCUCCUAAUCGAGCCCAUCUUCGUAUUGUUAAAGAAAGCGAACUUGCACUUGGUAAAACACUCGGCUCUGGUGCAUUCGGUGCUGUAUACAAGGCUAUUUGGACACCAAUGCAUAUUGAAGACCAGACAAUCAAGAUAGCUGUAGCAGUCAAACAACUGAAAACAUUUUCAAAUAAUAAUGAAAUUGUAGACGAAGCCCAUGUUAUGGCGUCUGUGAACAGCCCAUAUCUGAUACGUUUGCUUGGUAUGUGUUUGACUGAACAAGUUGCUCUCAUUACACAAUUAAUGCCGCUCGGAAGUUUAUUAGAAUAUGUACGGGACAACAAGGAUAACAUUGGAUCUCGUCACAUGUUAACAUGGUGUACGCAGAUCGCAAAGGGUAUGCAAUACUUAGAAGAGAAGCACAUGGUUCAUCGGGAUCUUGCUGCUCGAAAUGUUCUUGUCAAAACUCCACAUCAUGUCAAAAUUACAGACUUUGGUUUAUCGAAAAUGUUAAACGCGACACAAUCAGUAUAUUUUGCUGAAGGAGGAAAGUUACCGAUCAAAUGGUUGGCGAUAGAAUGCAUAACAGAGAGAAAGUUUUCACAUCAGUCUGAUGUUUGGGCAUUUGGCGUUACUUGCUGGGAAAUAUUUACUUUUGGAGGAAAGCCAUAUGGAGGUGUCAGUGCUAUUGAUGUAUUAUCUUUGCUGGAGCGUGGAGAUAGGUUAACUCAACCUCUUAUAUGUACCAUAGAUGUUUAUAUGAUUUUAAUUAAAUGUUGGAUGGUGGAUCCUCUCAGUAGACCAAGAUUUUCAGAACUUGUUAAUGAAUACACACAGAUGUGUCAUGAUCAUACUAGAUACCUCGUAAUUAAGAAUGAUGAACAUCAAGACAUGCUCAGCCCUAAUCCAGAAGAAGAGCGAAGAUUUUUCGAACAACUUAUAAAAGAAGAAAAUUCUGGUAUAGACGGGGAGUUGAUGAUCGGUGAACCUGAUUCUUAUCUUCUGUCAGAUCGUCUUAAUGGAGAACCUGAAUAUCAAAAUCAAGCUACUAUAGACAGAGAGCAAGGAAUACCAUCAGUGAACGGUGGUGCUUCAACAAGUAUGGGAGCAUGUGGUUCUUCACGUGGAACUCGAUUAUUUUCUCGUAACACACCAUCUGCACAACUUCCUACACCUCCAGCGAAUUCACAAAUUCCAAACAAUCAUACUGAAAUGGGACGUGUUCUACCCCGAGUGUCUGAUUCUAGCAACCCAGACGAUGUUUUUGCUAUGUCAGGUCACAGUCUUCGUAAUUCAUCUAUGCCUUCGAAGUCCAUGAUCGUAGAUAUGCCACUACUCGAGAAAGGAGCGGAAUCUCAUCCUGUACGAUUUGGAUCAAGUCGUCGUGCAGCUGAUCAAGCCUGGUCAACUUCAUCUGGUGGUAGAAAGGAUUCCGAAGAAAAUCCAAGAUAUACAGAAGAUCCUACAACACAUGCGAGAAGUUCAUACAUCGACCCAGCAUCGUCACCGUCAACUAUUGAUCAUGAAGUUCUUACGGCAUCAGAUUUUGAUCACAAUGACAAAAUGUUGUAUGAUGAGGAUGAAUAUCUGUUACCGACACCACGACCAGACAAAUCAUCAACUACUGAUUACUUUGAUCCAUCGAAGCCUCGUCCACAAAAGUCAAAUAUUGAAGAAACAGUUCCAAAGGUCCAUACAAAGCCAAAAUAUGCACCGGCUUCAUUAUCUAACAACACAUACCUGGAAAGUGGUGAGGCGAUGCCAUUAAUGACAGACGGUGCCUCUGGGUGGCCAGUGGCAUCAAAUCAGAUGCCACAACUUGUUGAUGAACAACCAGAAUAUGUUAACACCAUGUCUGAUCAUGAAUAUUUGAACUGGGAUGGCAAUAAGACUGAUGUUAUGAUGGCUGGUGUGGUCAACAGAGAAAAUAGUUUCAACAGAGAUUCACAGAAAAAUCCCAACACAUUCACAGUUCCGAAAAAAAAUGAGGAAGGCACUUGUUUUAAUAAUGAAGAAUAUAUGACAACGGAUAGCGGUAUAGGUGAAGAUAACCAAUCCAUACUUUCUGCUUCAAACGGAAUGCACAGUCGUUCGCAUGGUACUACAUAUAACAAUCCAUCAAGAAAUCGACAAAACUCAUCUUUAUCAUCUGCAGGUAGCAGUAACGGAAGUCUCGGACCUCUAAUAAGUUCGUCACCUUUACAUAAAAUACAAAGUGGCGACGAACAACCAAUAGACAUUGAUCAGUCAGCAGUGCGAUAUAAACCUGUCCCGAAACCACGACAAAGUGUUAAACGUUCAAAUAAGAACAUGUCACCUAAUACUGUCGGACUAGAUAAUCCAGAAUAUAUGAUGCUUAAAGAAAGUGUGUCUGACAGUUCUGCUUUACUUGAAGAUAAAGGCAAUGAUACAUAAAACGCAAAUGCGAAGCUGUCUAUAUUAACUAUAUAAUGUUUUAUAUAUUAUGAGGUAUUUGUUCUGUACAACAUUUUCAACAUACAACAAUGUUGCUUUUAUUUUGUUCCUUUUCUAAUUGUUGCUGAUGGCACUAACUAUGUUUUAGUUUUAAAUAAAAGUCAAACAGCUGGACGGAAAUGUACGUACAGUAAUUCUCCUAAUAUCUUCAGUUUCUAUAAUUCUGUUGUUACAAUAUAAUUUUAAUACUUUAAAUCAGUUGUUAAAUUUUAUAAAAAUAAAAUCAAGUUUUUUUUAUGCAACAGAUUCUAUUAUGUAACAUUUCUUACUGACUAUCAGCUAACAUUAUGUACCUCUAUGUUUAAACGUCCGAAUACCAAAAAUCUAAGAAUUCAGUUGUGUAAUACAUGAAUAUUCAUACAUCUUUUAAGUUAUAGUAAUCAUAAAUAUCAUAUAAAUUGUUCCAUCCUUGGCAUGGAGAAAAUGUUACUACAAUGUGAUAUCUGACAAGAGGAAAUAAAAUCGUAAUCUUGAGUGCUGUAUAAUAAAUUUUUUAUGUCUCUUGUUUUGUUACCAAAUGUAUUUCACUUUGCAUCUGUUUUUUGGCUCUUAUUGACAUGUUAUCCUUUUCUUUUUUUUUAACCUGCGCUCUGAUGUAUAUGUUGAAAUUUGCUAUAACUGAAUAGGAAGUACUCUAUGAAUUAAAGAGAAAAGUGUUCAUUAAUUCUUUUUCUAUCAUACUUUCAUGGUUUUUUAACUAAAAUGGUUCUUGUUUCAGAUUUUAUAUUAACAUGCAGUAGAUUGAGGCUUAAGUACAAAUUUUAUGUAUUUUUACCAAGGUGUAAUAAUCAUACUGUUACUGCAUUUCUGAUGUGGUUUAUUUGAGAGUUACUAGUAAUUUGUCACAAGCGAUAAUUAACUAAUAUUGUGAGAAUGUUAUUGUAUUUGUAAGCUGAUGCUGAACAAAAUCUCUAUUAUUUCAUUCUGCUGAUUUUUUUUGCUUGUGUGCUUUCUUGACCUGAUUCCUUUGAAGCUUAUGUAUGGAUAAGAAGAUAUUGGUGGUUUCAUAUCAAUUCUUUGAAUUAUAAUUUUGCAAUUAUAGACUAAGAAAACAUAGUGCAUUUAUAUUGUGGUUGCAUCGCACUUUCUGUAUAUUCCUGUAAAUUGAAAUUCUUUUAAAAUGUGGAUUCAUGAAAUGGCGCGAUUUGGAAAACUAACUUUGACCAUAGAUUCAUAUAACUAGGUACCAAGUUAUUAGUUAGUUAUACAGUGUUUAAUUACCGUAAAUUUUUCAUAAAAUUCAUAUUCACCCCUCCAUUUCUUGCAAUGCCUGAUAAAUCUAUUGAUUCUAAAUAGUUAUCCAGAUGCAAAAAAUUGUAAAGGAUAAUAUAAGCAACUAUUACGUUGUAACUAAGAAUUUUCAUUCUAAAAAUAUAUUUCAUGUAUACAAAUUUAUACCAAUAUUUUAAAGCUGCCAGUAAGUCUUAUAAAUACAAGUUAUUGAUCUUAAUUAGUUACCUGGAUAUAAAACUUGAAGCACUGACGGUGUAUUUGAUGCACAUUUGGAUAAAACUUUUUUUCCUAUUGAAAUGAGAGUUUUCCUAUUUCUAUGGUAAGGGUUCUGGCAUACUAAAUUGGUUAGCCUUAAUAUUUAUUACUAGAAUACCAAAUGGGGGUAAUAAACAUCAUAUUUUGGAUGUUAAAACGAGUUGAAAUUUUUUUUUAUGUAAUUAUGAUCUUCAAACUUUUAGACAGGGAAUGUGAAGAAUUUUUCCUCUUAUUUUGUGCGUCCAAGGUACAUUCUAUGGAAAAAGGUGUCGGUAGCAUAUUUUGUUACCAUGAUACAUGUGUUCAUCCAUUCAUUCAAAUUUUGUUACUCACAAUCAAGAUUUCCACAAAGAUAUAUCUUUUAAAAGUUCAUUGUUAAUCGUUGUCAAAGUAAUAGGUUUUGACUCACAAGAUGUUUUUGUUAUUUAGUGUUUUACUGCAAAGAGAUUUUUGAUUAUCUUGCACAUUUACAGGUUACUGAUAGAUUUUUUGACUGCCAUUUCACGGUAUACAUAGCAUUAUGGUCUUUGUAACAAUGAAGCACCAUGUUUAGUAUACGCCCAUUGAAUCACUUCCAUAUAUUAUCAAAUUGAAUUUAGUUGAUUCAUAUUCUUUAUUGAAAAUCAUGAUUUUUCAAACCUUUUCUGCUUCAAAUAUUUUCAUAUCCUUCUACUGGAAUCUUUGAUUGUAUUUUAAAGACUACAUCAGAAGUAUGUCUGCUCAUAUUCAACUUGGUUGUAUUGUUCCAUAACAUGCUUACAAAGAUGUGUUUUGUGAUUUGGCUUAACCUCCUGGAGUUAUUUCAAAUAGUUUUGCAGUGCAAAAACGUAUACUAUUUUUCCUAAAAUUCUUCGUUUUCGGUAAAGAUUUGUAUAUCUAGUAAUGCAGCAUCAGACCCUUAUACAUCAGUUACUUUUCAAGGUAUGACACCGAGUUGUAUAGUGGCUGAAUUAGGUUAUAAAAACAUGUCAUAAAUCUUUGGUUUUAUUUCUUAGCGGAUGAUUUCCAAUAAUUGGUUGAGAGUUUUAGAUUUAAUGAUAUAAUUUGUUUUUUCUUACUGUAUUUUAUUAGUAUUCAGAAUUUUAAUCUACAAUACAUUUUUAUUUACCGUGUUGAAAAUCGAGUGUAUGGCAUCAUCGACUCUUAUUUGUACUAAUGAAUGAUUUUUUCUAAUAAACGAAAUGAUGGGUAAA